CGGUACAGGCCAUCUUGAAGUUCCACGCUCAACAGUUGUAUGACAGAGACAUGACCGUCAGACUCGACAAUGCACCUGACAUGUCGCCUAAAUUACCGGAAGGUUUAAAAGGAAUCGGCAUGGAACUCGAACCUGGUGAUAACAUACUAUUGGAUAUUCCCAAUGUACAGGCGAACAAUUCGCCUGGCGGUCCGAACAACGCUUUUGGCGGUUCCAGUUUCGGUGGCGGUAGUGGCAACGGUGGCGGCAGUGGUGAUAACAGACUAUUGGGUGCUGCUGCUAGAAAUAUUCCCAAUGUACAGGCGAACAAUUCGCCUGGUAACAACGCUUUUGGCGGUUCCAGUUUCGGUGGCGGUAGAGAUUUUGACGGAGCUUUUAGUAGAGACGGCGAUCGUGUUUCUGGCGGCAGUGGCAGCGGUGGUGACAAUAAAUUUGGAAACACCUACGGUCUUAGCACGCAAUUUUUGGAGUCUUUAGGUAUCAAUGGUCCUCUGUUGUAUGACAGAGACAUGACCGUCAGACUCGACAAUGCACCUGACAUGUCGCCUAAAUUACCGGAAGGUUUAAAAGGAAUCGGCAUGGAACUCGAACCUGGUGAUAACAUACUAUUGGAUAUUCCCAAUGUACAGGCGAACAAUUCGCCUGGCGGUCCGAACAACGCUUUUGGCGGUUCCAGUUUCGGUGGCGGUAGUGGCAACGGUGGCGGCAGUGGUGAUAACAGACUAUUGGGUGCUGCUGCUAGAAAUAUUCCCAAUGUACAGGCGAACAAUUCGCCUGGUAACAACGCUUUUGGCGGUUCCAGUUUCGGUGGCGGUAGAGAUUUUGACGGAGCUUUUAGUAGAGACGGCGAUCGUGUUUCUGGCGGCAGUGGCAGCGGUGGUGACAAUAAAUUUGGAAACACCUACGGUCUUAGCACGCAAUUUUUGGAGUCUUUAG